GACUUGGAAUCAAACUUGCCAGGAAGGCAAGUGAUAUAAAGACACAAAGACAAGUGGAGAAAUCAUCUUAGUUGGGGUGCAGCAGGACUGCACUAUGAUUCUGCCUGUGGUGGUUUUGCUGGUGCUCUUGUUGCUCUCUGGACCAGAGUCAUCUCUCCAGGGAGACACCCAGGAGAUCGGGAGCAGUGAUGACGUGCUGGAGAGAGAAUACCUCUAUGCGCCACGUGAAAAACGUGCUGUGGUUGACCACAGUGCCACCCAAACAGACAAAUGCUCUUACACCUUCAUUGUGCCUCAGCAGAAGAAUAACGGGGCUAUCUGUGUGAACUCCAAAGAGCCUGAGGCCCUGCUGGAGAACCGGGUCAAUAAGCAGGAGCUGGAGCUGCUCAACAGCGAGUUGCAGAAGCAGCGACGGCAGAUUGAGGCUCUGCAGCAGUUGGUAGAAGUAGACGGAGGCGUGGUCAACGAGGUCAAGCUGCUGCGCAAAGAAAGCCGCAACAUGAACUCCCGUGUUACGCAGCUCUACAUGCAGCUGCUGCACGAGAUUAUCCGCAAACGGGACAAUGCUCUGGAGGUGUCACAGCUGGAGACCCGGGUGCUCAACCACACAAAUGAGAUGGGGAGGCUAGCUUCACGCUACCGCGACCUGGAACAUAAGUACCAGCAUCUGUCGUUACUCGCAAGCAACCAGAGUGCUCUGCUGGUGCAGUUGGAGGAGCACUGUAAGAGGGGAGGAUACUCGUACGGUGUGGUGCAGGGAAGUAGAGAGGUGGUGGAGAGGAUCCGUCCUGUCCGUCCACAACCUCCAGUCAUCCCUCAGCCUCCCCUACAGAGACCUGCAGUGUCUCCUGGAGGCGGAGGCUACAGACCCUUUCAUCCACCCACCUACACCCGCCACACCAGCAACCCCAUGACUAAUGAGAUACAGAAUGACCAGAACUCCAAAGCAUUACCGCCUCCACUUCCCACAAUGCCAAGCGCUACAUACAGCUUUACAAACGAGCCCUCUGGUCCAUUCAAAGACUGUCUGGACGCCCUGGAGGCUGGAUACUCUGCCAGUGGCAUGUACCUCCUGAAACCAGAAAACAGCAACCGCCUCAUGCAGGUUUGGUGCGACCAGAGACACGACCCUGGUGGUUGGACCGUCAUCCAGAGACGCCAAGAUGGCUCUGUCAACUUUUUUAGAAACUGGGAUACGUACAAGCAAGGGUUUGGAAACAUUGAUGGUGAAUACUGGUUAGGCCUAGAGAACAUCUACUGGCUGACUAAACAGGGAAACUAUAAGCUUCUGGUGACCCUGGAAGACUGGACUGGACGCAAGACCUUCGCAGAGUAUGCCAGCUUCCGUGUGGAGGCUGAGACUGACUUCUACAAGCUGAAGGUGGGCCGAUACCAUGGCAAUGCUGGAGACUCUCUUACCUGGCACAAUGGCAAGCAGUUUACAACACUGGACAGAGACCAUGAUGCUUACACAGGUAACUGUGCCCACUACCAGAAGGGAGGAUGGUGGUAUAACGCCUGUGCUCAUUCAAACCUUAACGGCGUGUGGUACCGCGGUGGGCAUUACCGCAGUCGCUACCAAGAUGGAGUCUACUGGGCUGAGUUCAGGGGUGGAGCUUAUUCUCUGAAGAAAGUGACCAUGAUGAUACGACCCAAUGCGAACACCUUCCAUUAACACUCAGUCAUUCAACAAUCAACAGAUUUUACUGGACAAGCAAUUCCUCCGAAGGGAUUCCACCUCUAUAUCACAAAAACAGGCAUUCUCGAUUUGAACGUCAUUCUUCGCUUUUUUCUGUUGGCUGCUUUACAUUCAUAAUGUUGCUUCUAACUGUGCUUUUUAAAAUGUUAUUCUCUCUACAGGUAUAGGUUUUACUUAUCUUGUUGGGCUUAUGAAGCAUUAUUGCACACA